CGAACCCAAACAAAAAGGAAAAACUGCGGUCAAUCAGCGGCCGAUUCGCGUUUCCCCGUUCCAUGUAGCGGUGUAAACCCCCUCAGAAUCAACGCAGACCACACAGCACGUAACCAGAGGUGUGUGAGACCUGAUAAAAGCGGUGGUUCGCUUCGGAGCCGGUCCGAAUCAGCGCGGGUUUGGUUCGGGUCUGGGUCUGUAGGAAGCGAUGCGGGGGGAAGUACCCAUCAUGAUCAUCUAAUGACACGAACAGCACCAAGACUACACAAAGAGAAGUCACUUUCCUCGGAUUAUAACUGGAGAAUCGGAACCGAUCCGGUUCGGCCGGAGGGUGAGAUUAGCUUUAGCGUUAGCAUGACAGCAGAGAUGCGCUAAAUCUGACCCAUUUCGUCAUCUUUUCACAGGCCAGCGGAUGUUACGGCCGUCUCCAUGGAGUUUUCUCAGAUGACACGUCUGUUCAGGGAUCAGGGACUUGGGGCAUGUUGACUGCUGUCAAUCAGCCUGCACAGCGGCGUCUAGCAGGAGCCGUCUGGACCUGAAGGAAGACCUCGCCGAAGGGAAACGGACAGGGCCACGAAUACAAGAGAGAGCGCACGUGAGAGACAUGGGUCAGUGUGUGACUAAAUGUAAAAACCCCACGUCCUCUUUAGGCAGCAAAAGUGGUGAAAAGGAUGCUGGGAAAUCUCAUGGAAAGAAGGGCGGAGGUGCGGGCAGCGUGCACAAGGAGGAGGUCUCCGGCAAGUCCUCACUCAACGUCAUAUACAACGGCACCAAAGAGUCAGAGGUCACCGUGGAAGGCCCCGUGGCCCCGCUCACAUCAGUGGGGGACGUGCGUCAAGAGUCACCCACGCAGGACGGCGAAGGCUUGUCCAUCGCUCGAAUCGAGGAGAUGUUUCUGGGUUAUAAAGAUGAACAUGAAGAUGCCAUCUUGGAGGAGGGAAUGGAACGGUUCUGCAAUGAUCUGUGCGUCGACCCGGCUGAGUUCAAAGUUCUGGUGUUGGCGUGGAAGUUCCAGGCUGCUACCAUGUGCAAGUUUACAAGGAGGGAGUUCGUGGAUGGCUGUAAGGCGAUUCAUGCCGACAGUAUACCGGGGAUCUGCUCGCGUUUCUCCGUGCUGCUAGAGGAGUCUCGUGGAGAGGAGAGCUUCAAGGAUCUUUACCGUUUCACCUUCCAGUUCGGUCUGGACGCCGAGCAGGGUCAGCGCUCGCUGCAGCGGUCCAUUGCCAUCGCGCUGUGGCGGCUCGUAUUCACGCUGGACACGCCCCCGGUGCUGGAGCGCUGGCUGGACUUCCUGUCGGAGAACCCGUGCGGCGUGCGCGGCAUCUCUCGCGACACCUGGAACAUGUUUCUGAAUUUCACGCAGAGCAUCGGGCAGGACCUCAGCAACUACAGCGAGGACGAAGCGUGGCCCAGCCUGUUUGACUCGUUCGUGGAGUGGGAAACGGAGAGACGCAGGCGAGAACGACCGAACGGAGACGCGGGAGAGGGUGACGUCACGGAGACGGACUGUGUGACCGCGUCGAUGUGGGCAGGACCUUGAGCGUGUCUGUUUUGUAUUAUUUUUUGGCGUGGGAUGGUGGUGAAUUCUGGACUAUGACGUGCGGAGAUGUUUCUGAGCCUGUCACUCUCCAUCCUAAUUUGUGACUUGUUAUAAUAUUAAAUUUUUUGGUCUUAUUGCAUUGGGUAUCCCAGUGCGCUCUUUGACUUCUGUUUUAAUGAAAGGGCUCCAAAUUAGUAAUUUUUUAAGCACUUUUAUUUAAGUUAUUGGUUUUUGGCCAUCGUUCAUUUAAUUUGUUUUAACAUUUCUCACACCACACCUCCAGAGAGAUUCACACUCAUGAUCGCAUUGCUCAUAUUUUGGGAGUGACCAACACGCCAAAGAAAAGGGAACCCUGUCAGCUGCCUACAAGCUUGAAUACACACUCAUUCAUGCAAGACUCACACACAGACACACACAGAGAUACCAGCAUAAAUACAAUAAGGGACGAACGGUUUUAAGUGUAUUUGAACGGUUAUAUUCAGUUUUGUUGUGUGGUGGUUCUGCUGGUUAGAUUAAACAUCAGACUGAUUGUGUACUGAUGCCCUCAAAACCUCAUUUUCCAUGUGCUUCCUGCUUAAUCAGACUUGAUUUAAAUUUUUAACAUUUAUGUGUCCCUUGCAUUCAUUGAUUCUAUCAGUCAUAUUAAUUUCCAUCAGUCAGUCGUGUGUGUGUGUAUGUAUGUGUGUGGGGAGAAAUACAGGUUCAUUUGCACUCGGAGGUCGCUUUUAUUUUGUUUUAUUUUGCUUUUUUAAUUCAAAGUGAUUUCAUUUUGGUCUUUUGUGUCUGGUUUUAUAUAAAUGAAACACUUUAUAAUGAAUAAAAAAAAAUGUGUUCAGCAUUGCAGUUGGAUUUUUUCACAUCUUU